AUGGCUGCAACUACAAGAAACUAUUUACUACCCAAAAAUCAAAAACCUUUCUCACAUUUCCUCACAAACCCACCUUUUACAUAUCCAACUCAUGUUUCAUUGUUAACUUCAUUAGACUAUCCAUCAUCACAUUAUUCCAAUUCAACUCGAACACCAAAUGUUCGUGUAAAUGCCAAAAAGAAAAAUCCAUGGCUCGACCCUUUUGACGAUGGAGAAGACCCUAACAUCGAAUAUGGUUCGUUGUUUUCGGACGGUAAACAAGAGGAGGAUCCAAGGCCGCCGGAUAAUCCAGACAGUCCUUAUGGAUUCUUGAAGUUUCCAGCUGGUUAUACAGUUGAGAUAGCUUCUUUGGGAUUGAAAAUUAGAGGUGAUGUUAGGAGGUGUUGUUGUGUGGUGUCUGGUGGUGUUUAUGAGAAUUUGUUGUUUUUUCCAACUAUUCAGUUGAUUAAGGAUAGGUACCCUGGUGUUCAGAUUGACGUUGUGGGUUCUGAGAGAGGGAAACAGUGUUAUGAGUUGAAUAAGAAUGUUAGAUGGGCUAAUGUUUUUGAUCCUGAUGAUGAGUUUCCUGAGCCUGCUGAGUAUACUGAUUUUGUUGGAGUUCUAAAGGGUAGGUACUAUGACAUGGUGUUAAGCACAAAAUUGGCAGGCGUUGGUCAUGCAGUAUAUUUAUUCCUGACAACUGCGCGAGAUAGAGUUAGCUAUGUCUACCCAAAUGUGAAUGCUGCAGGGGCAGGAUUGUUUCUAUCUGAAACAUUCACACCUGAUAGUGCAAAUCUUUCAGAGGGAGGAUUUCAUAUGUAUCAUCAGAUGGAAGACUGGCUAGGAAGACCGUUUCGAAGCGUUCCAAGGCAGGUUGUGCCACCACUUAAAAUAUCACUUUCAAGGAAGUUGAAGGAAAUUGUGGAGGAGAAAUACACAAAAGUCGGUGUAAGGAAAGGAAAAUAUGUUGUGAUUCAUGGGAUACAAUCAGAUUCAAAGGCCACAAUGCAGUCUAGGGGCGAUCCUGAUAGCUUACUUCCUCUUGAAGUGUGGGCUGAAAUUGCUGAUGCGAUAAGGGAAUUUACGCCACUUUUUGUCAUUCCACAUGAGAAAGAAAGGGAAAAUGUUGAGGAAAUUGUUGGAGAAGAUGCCUCCAUAAUCUUCAUCACCACCCCUGGACAGUUGGCUGCUCUUAUUAAUGACUCGGCUGGAGUAAUAGCUACCAAUACAGCUGCAAUUCAGCUGGCGCACACACGCGGAAAACCUAGUGUUGCACUAUUUUGCUCUAAAGAGAAGGGAAACAAGUUUGUUCCCCAGGCUGAAGAGAAGAAAUGCAUUGUAAUAUCAUCAAAGACGGGGAAGUUGAUUGAUAUAGAUGUUGAGGCUGUACAAAAUGCAAUUCAGACUUUCAAUUUGUCUCUAGCUUUUGCGUAG